AAAGGUUCAGCGGAAGGAACACGAGCCUGCGAGGUUGAAGAUAAACCAGCCCUUGUCUUUUCACACGGGGCACAGUGUCAGGCAGCCAGGCGAGAUGGUGACAUUCGACAAUGUCCUGAGGGACAUCGGAGAGUUUGGGAGAUGCCAGAAGUGGAUUGUUCUGCUUUUGUCUUUGUGCGGGCUGACAUUUUCCUUCCUGGUCGCUGUGUUUGUUUUCCUGGGAGUGAUUCCAACCCACUGGUGCCAGGGCCCGCCUGCCCUUGCGGGACUGCGGGAGAAGUGUGGGUGGACUCUGGAGGAGGAGCGGAAUUUCACGGUGCCUCCGGAGAAGCCUGGGAGCUCCACAUACAGCCGGUGUGAGGGCUACGAUACAGACUGGAACCUGACCUCGCUCAGCUGCGAGUAUCCAGAAGCAUUAAUCGCAAACAGCUCUGGCGAGGUACACCGUACGUCCUGUAAGAACGGCUGGUUCUUUGACAGUUCACGUACAACAAUCGUAAGCGAGUUUGAGCUGGUAUGCAACGACGCCUGGAAGGUGGGCAUGUCCCAAGGCUGCAUUCAAAUCGGCUUUUUCCUUGGAGUACUAAUCACAGGCUAUGCUGCGGAUAGGUUUGGCCGCAAGCUCUGUCUACUGACCUGCCUGGGUGGGACAGGAGUCGCUGGGAUCUUGGUCACCAUUGCACCCAUUUACCCGAUGUUUGCGAUUUUCCGACUCCUGCAAGGCUUGUUUGGAAGGGGGAUAUCUCUCAUCAUUGCUGUCAUGGCCACAGAAGUUGUUGGAUGCAGGUACAGAAGAUUUGCAAUAGUCGUAACCCAAGCAGUUUUCUCCUUGGGUGCAAUGCUACUUCCUGGUUUUGCCUACAUGAUCAAAUCCUGGAAAGGAAUCCACAUGGCCGUUACUGUCCCCAACUUUGUCUUGCUGCUUUACUGCUGCCUAAUCCCUGAGUCUCCUCGGUGGCUGUUAUCCUGCAAGAGAACCAAGGAAGCGUUGAAAGUUGCCCAGGAGAUGGCAGAGCAGAAUGGAAAGUGUCUCCCGACCAUCUACAAAGAGAUGAUAAUGGUGGAGAACAGCCCUGAAGAGGUGAAGAACCCUUCCUUCCUGGACUUGUUUAGGACACCACAGAUGAGAAGACAUGCGCUAAUUUUAAUGUACUCCUGGUUCACAAGCAGCGUGGUGUACAUGGGGCUUAUCUUACGCCUGGGGUUCCAGGGCAGUGAGAGUUACAGUGAUAUCUUCGUAGCUGGGGCAGUGGAACUGCCAGCGACAAUGCUCGGCUUUCUGGUUGUGCACCGCGUGGGCCGGCGCUGUCCUUUCGUGGCCUCCAGCGUCCUGGCCGCAGCCUUCUGCCUGAUAGCAGCAUGCAUUUCUGGAGAAAUGCACAGGCUCAAGACCGCCGUCACCACGCUGGCCAGAUUUGGAAUAACGAUCUCACUCAGCAUACUCUUCCUCAUGACCAACGAGCUGUACCCUACAUCUGUCAGGAGUAUGGGAGCCUCGGCGUGCCUGUCCAUGAGCGAUGUGGGUGGGAUUGCAGCCCCCUUUAUCCUCUACACCUUAACGACUGUGUGGACCGAACUCCCUCUUGUGAUUUUUGGUGCGCUUGCUCUGGUGGCUGGUGGAUUAAUGAUGCUUUUACCUGAAACGAGGGGAAUAAGGCUACCAGAAACUAUCAGCGACGUGGAGGACAUCAUGAGACUUUACAGACGCGGCCAGGAUGACUGUAAGGAGAUGAUCAACCUUCGAACAUCAGCCUAGGGAAGAGAAAGAAAGAGCACCUGGGAAAGAGUUGAUAAUCAGAGCUAACUAAAACAAGUCACUUAUCAAUCAAAAUAAUACCAAUUGAUGGUCAAUACUCAAGCAAAUUGAGCAUUGAAUGAUAAGCAGAAUGUUUGUCAUUUUGAUUACCAAAUUGUAUAUUAUUCAUAUAUAUAUCAAGUCAAGUCAAUUUUCCUAAUAUAAUAAUGCUUGAAUUGAAUGAUACUAUUAUUUCCAGGAAUUUGAUUGUGUGGUUCUGACAGCUGGGAUGAUUGACAUUGUGUGUUAUUUUAUUGUAUAGUUCAGGCAUGGUACUUUGAAUAUAUGCCUGAAGAGUAUUUGUGUGGGGCUGGUUAAAAUACCUCAUCUUGACAUGGGUAGUAUGGUCAACCACACUAUCUGAUAAGAUGCACAGUGGAUAACAGCAGUUGUACGAUCACUCGAGUUGAGUAUGAUGUUCUCCCAAGAUGUUAUUCCCUUAAAGGAGAUUACCUAUGUGUGACUUUGUUUAGUGUGGGGAGGCUGAUGCAUGAGCAGCCAACACCAGGCCCUUGGCAGAUCAGGGUCAGUGUCCAGUGGCAUGGCAUCCAAGAUGACUGGGGACCCUUCACCACUACAACCUUCCUCCACCUUCACUGCCAUUGUAAUAAGUCUUCAUCUUCCACCAGCUCCACCGCUGCGGUCUUGGCACAAUAGAAAUAUCACAGGAGUACUGUAGAUGAAGCACCUGAUAUGACUUAAUAAUAAGGAAAUUAACUUUAAUUAUGAAUUUUAACAUUUUUGCAUUUAAGAAGAACCUGCUGAAAAAAAAACAUUUGAAUAACUGGUGUUAUGUUUUUGUGAAGAGAACACAAUGAAUAUUUUUCUAAAAUUGAAUACUAUUCUAAAGCAAAUGAUAGAAUAGAAAUGAAAAGCCUGUAACAACUGAAGAAACAAAAAUUGGAAAAAAAACUGAAAUUAAGAUAAACAUUUUGUACAUGUGAAAAUAAAAUGUGUUGCUAAUGA